GCGAAAAAUGUUUCUUGCAACCCACGGUAAUCCACUGUAUGAACGAGAAGGUUUCUCUUUGCCAAGGAUGUCAAUGGACCGCAAGUAACUGCACUGGCUUAGGACACAGACUUCAGAAUCUGAAUCCUUACUCUGGUUGUCCUUCUCCAUCAGAUUUCGCCAAGAUCUGGUCUUCGAUUUUAGAACCUUCUGUCUCAAAUUGGGUCUCUCCAUUUCCUGAUACCCUGCUCCAAGAAUUAGACGAUUGGAAUGGUUCAUCAACUUCCGUGGUUACACAAACUCAGAAUCUUAAAGACUAUUCUUCUUUCUUUUCCAUGGAAACUAAUUUUCCUAAAGUGAUAGAGGAGGAAUGUUCUGGUUUGGAUCUAUGCGAAGGGAUAAAUUUGGAUGAUGCGCCUUUGAAUUUCAACGCAAGCAAUGAUAUUAUCGGAUGUCCAUCACUUGACCAUACCAAAGGUUAUCAGUACGAGGAUUCUUUUAAGGAAGAGAAUGACAUCGGCCUUCCUUCAUUACUGCUUCCUGCGUUAUCGGGGAAUGUUGUUCCAAGCAUGUCAAUUUCGAUGUCAAACAUCACAGGAGAAAGCAGUCCGACUGAUUACCAAGAUUGCGGAAUUUCGCCAGGGUUUCUCAUAGGAGAUUCGCCAUGGGAAUCGAAUGUUGAAGUCAGUUUUAAUCCAAAAUCAAGGGAUGAGGCUAAAAAGAGAUACAAACAAAAGAAAUCAAAGCGAAUGUUUGGGAAGCAAAUACGAUAUGCAUCACGCAAAGCCAGAGCCGAUACGAGAAAACGAGUGAAAGGAAGAUUUGUGAAAUCUGGAGAAACUUUUGAGUAUGACCCAUCACUGGUUAUGUGAACUAGUGAUUCUUCACUGCCAUAAAGUCUCAGUUAAAGA